AUGGCAUCUGCUUGUUAUGCUAUGACGGAAGGACUUCACGUGAUGCUAGUUGAUCAUGAUGAAGAGAAUGCGGCUGAAAUGGUUGAUCUGCUGGAGUUUUAUGGUUAUAAAGUUACUAUAGUUGGUACAUAUUCGGAAGCAGUGUCAAUGCUCCUCAAAGGAAAGAAAAACAUUGAUAUGAUAAUAAUCAGUGUUCAUUCACCAAAUUUGAAUUCUUUUAAACUUUUGGCUCAAGCUGUGGCCUUGGAUAAAAUUUUACUAUUUGUUAGUGAUGAAUACAAUGAACUCUUAGCAAAAAAGGCCUUGAAAGAGGGAGCUUACCUUUUUGUGAAAAAGCCACUUAACGAGGAAAUUGUGAAACAUUUGUGGCAAUUUAUGCUGACCAAAAAAAUACAGAAAAAUGAAGUCAGAAAAGAAUCAAAAGAUGAAUACCAGAUGAAUGUCGAUGAUAUUGAUAAAGAUAAUAUCGUUGGGGAUAAUGAAAAAUUAUCUGGAGAGAAAAAUAAUGUGUCUGAUAUUGAGGAACAAAGUGAUAAUAUUCAUGAAGCUGAAAAUAAUAUUGUAUCGAAUGGAGAAUGCAAGUUGAGGAGAAAGAGCAGAAGAAAAAAUAGCAAAGAGACUAAUGAAGGAGAAAGUGAAAAUACUACCAUUAAUAAGGUUGUCAGGCAAAAGAACUGCACAAAGUGGACUGCGGAUCUUCAUGCAAAAUUUAUGAAAAGCUUGGAAUUGCUUGGUGAAGGAAGAUGUUAUCCUAAACAAAUUGUUGAAGUGAUGAAUGUUCCUGGUCUUACCAGAAUGCAGGUUGCCAGUCACUUGCAGAAAUGUCGUAGCGACAAUUGGAGAUCUCCAGAAGAGCGUAAAUAUAAUCGUCGUCCAUCAAGCAACACAUCUCUAGGUGAUUCACAACAAAAAAGUAGCUUCAGAAAAUUUGGGACAAUGCCUCAUUUUCAGAAAAAUAUUUCAAAUCAAGGUCAGAGAAAUCCAGAGUUGACAUUUCCAACUCUCCAUACCAAUAGCACUUUUGUUAGUGGGGAAAGUUCAACUCAAGAGCCACUUUAUCCUCCACAAUUUCAUGUUCAACCCCAUCACCUCAACAUUGGCAAUUCAUUCAAUAACUCAUUUUCGUCGAUUUCUUAUAAUGUUGGUGGUGUAAUACAACAACAACGUGGAGUAUCAUUCGAGACGCUGGGUUCACAACAAUUACAAGGUUCAAUUAUUGGAAGCACUAAUUAUAGGUCUGACUUGACAUUGAACAAUGGUGAUCGUCAUACUCAAAAUGAUUACAACUUGAAUCUCAAUGUGCCCCAUGGAACAACAUAUCCAGGUAACAUAAUGUUGUCUGAUAUCGAUAUUGAAAGUAACAAAUGCUAA